GAUUUGCAUUGGAUUUUUUUUUAUUGGAUUUUUUGGAAUUUUUUUUUUUUUUUUUUUUUCGGGAAAGCAAAUGCCAGCCGAUACAAGCACCCCGACUGGUCGUCGGGUCCGGCCGCAUCCCUUGCACGAGAAGACUUACUUUGAGAAGGCAACGGACUUUCUCAGCGACUACAUCCCGGCGGGUGGUCCUGCUGCCUGGACGGCGUCGCUGACUGCGGCAGUCACGGGCACCACGCCAGCAUCCGGCGGCAGCGCGUCUGCCCAGGGCGCAGCGGCAGGCGCUUCCGCCGCUGCCAAUGGGCGCGAACAGGUUCGAUGGGUCAAGAUUCAAAUGGGCGACUCGGGUGUUGUGGACGAUAUGUCCAUGGUUGGCGACCGCAUUUUCAUUGUCGUAGGACUUGCCAACGGCAUCCAUGUCUGGGACGCUUCCAACAGCCACGACGGCAUUGUGGAAGUUGUGUCGCGUCGAGACUGCUUUGUCAAGACUGCAAGCAUCCUACUCAAUCCGUCACAGCGCAUCGGCACAGACAAGUUUGCGCACGUACGACCGCUCAUGGCCAUGGCUAUCGAUGCUGCGAAUGAGCCGGCAAUGGCUGGAACCACACAGCAGCUUCUUUCGAAUGGUGGCGUUGAUUUGCUUUCGACAGAAAACACGGCGCGCUCCUCGGCACCCAACAACAACGCGGUUGGAUCCGCGCGCUCUGCAUCGACGGCACCUCUCGGUAGUCUGGGCGAGUUUCUGCUCUUCUUUUCGUUGGAAAGCCAUGGCGUGGUCGAGCGACACCGUUGCCGUUCUGCCAUCCAAUCCAUCCAGUCCAAUCGUCGUGUCAUUGCCGUCGCCUUGAUUGACCUGGUGUGCAUUUUCCACGCUCACGACCUCAAGCCCUUUUUCAUCAUCCCGCAAGUCUUUCCGUCGCAGGGCCCAAACUUUAAUCCCAUCGCGCUGAGUCCGCGCUGGAUUGCGUAUGCCACAAACCGACUCUCGUCGCAGCCCAUCAAGCCGAACGGCACCCCCACGCUUUCUCAUAUGGCCACCGACGUUGCCAAGGACAUGAUGGCCUCCCUGCUUUCGCUCGGUGAAUGGAGCAAAGACACGGUGACUGGCUACGUGACGGAAAUGCUUCAGCAAAAGAACGCUUCUGCUUCCUCUGCAACCAAGAGUGGCAAAUCCGACCGUCUCAACCACCUGUCUCAAAGCCAGCGCGAUCAGCUGAGCUUCACGUACCAGCAGGCGCUGGUGCAGCGUGCACGGCUCGCUGACGCCAAUCCCGCUUGCAUUGGAGCCGUGGCUGUUCGCGAUGUCGUGACCCGGCACACGGUGGUCAACUUCCAGGCCAUGCGACAUGAGAUUGGAGCCCUGGCCUUCGACCCCUCUGGCACGCUGCUGGGCUCUGCCUCGCACCAAGGCCACAGCUUUAACGUGUACAAAAUUUUCCCAGCCUACCGCGCCCCGAGUGCUGCCGACACGGUGUCAUCGAAUGCGGGUGCGGCCGUCGACGAGCCUCCGCGCCAGUUUGUCGUGCGCCAAAUCUACAAGCUGAGCCGCGGACUCACGGCGGCAACCAUCCAGGACGUCUCGUUCAGCUCAGACUCGCGCUGGGUGGCGCUCACGUCGGGCAAGGGCACCACCCACGUCUUUGCCAUCAACCCUUUUGGCGGGCAGGUCAAUGUGUGGACGCACGCUCGUGCCAACGGGCACGGGCCGGCUGACGGCGCCCAGGCUUUUGUCUCAACGCUUGGCUCGGGCACUGCCCAGUCCAUGGUGGACGACUUGCUCAAGCAACAGGUGGCGGAAGUCAACGCGCGGGCGAGUGCUGUCGCGCCUGCAAACACCGCUUCCGCCAACAACCCUUCUUUGGGCUCCUCGGUUGUGGCAGCCGCCACCGCCGUGAUGGCAAGCCUGUCGUCGUCGACGCCCGCCGGCGCUGCGGCGGCGACAUCUCCAAGCUCGAGCUCGACUGGCACCUCAACGCCGGUGGCUUCGGACGGCAGUGCCCAAACGUCGCUGUUUGCCCGCUCGCUCAACACGCAAGCCACUGCUGCCCAAAUUGCGCAAAUGCAGCAGCCGCACUUUGAAUCCGCCUACGCCAUGUACACGAACAUUCUGAGCGGAAUUUACCGUCAACACUUGCAACGGGGUAUUCUCGAAGGCUACGUGCCCCCGAAUCUCGACCCAGAGCUGGUCAGCCGAGCGGACACUGGUGGCUUCCCCUUCCCUCCGCACAUGGACAACGUGCUGCUCUUUGCCAUGCCCAACCUCUCACUUGAUCCAUUGGCGCGGCUGUGGAAUCCUGCUGCUGCCGCCUCGGAUCCCGCGGCCGUGACUGACGCUGCGGCUCAUGUGUCGACCAGCAACAAGCACGGCAAGCCAAGCUCGACCCGAACAGGGAUGACGGCGCGGCACCAAUUGCAGCAGAAUCUUGGCGUGACCACUUCCGACCGCUCGACCACGAUGACUGGAGGAGCGGCUCCGGCAUCAUUCGCCGCCGUGUCGACCAUGUUCAUGCCAGCGUCCUCUUCUUCCAGUGGCGUGGUUUCCCUCGCUGUUGUCACCCAUGCCGGUGCCAUGAAGACGUAUCACCUGGCGCCGUAUGCCAAGGAGCCUGCGAAUGGUCUGAUUGGCGCGUCUGCGUCCGCCAUUUCCACUCUGGCGUCGGGUCUGAUUGGCGCGCCGAUGGGCAGCGGUCGCCCAGCCCACUCGGGUGGAGACUCACCCGGUUCGGUGACAUCCUUUGCCGACGACGCAUCCAUGCUUGCGCUUGAUCUGGUUCCCGCCCAGGAGUGGGACUUGCUCCGGCAUAGCGAUUGGCCGGUGGUUGCUUGUCCCAUCCGGCAGCUGGCCGCUCCAGUCAGCCGCAAGCCCAUUCCUCCACCGCUCAUGACUCCGACGACGCCGAUCGCAACACCCAAGUGCGACGAGGCCGUUUCGCCAGGACCCCUUUCGCCCCGGGAACAAGACGACGCCAAGUGGAUGUCCAACCUUGAAAUUGGCUCGUACUCGAUGAACGAGCGGCCUCUGUGGAAGGGACCGCAGUUUUCCUUCAAGGUGUACAGCGUGGCGCCGCAUGCAGUGUUGCAGCCGUCCGCGGUGGACUUUGGGAGCACCACUGAAUACAUUAAUCCGCUGCACGAGUCGACGCCCGUGUCGCUGACCAUGGAGGACGAGCUGCUCGCGCGCAGCGUCACCAUUCCGAACGAGGCGCCAAUCCCCUUCGAGCCGUACAUUGAGAUGGCAUCGAGUGAGUACCUGUUUAUCGAGAGCGAUAGUACAGGAAGUCGGACUGCAGUCAAUGGCGGCAAUACUCGGGCUCCACGAGCUGUGACGACAGAGAGAUCGCUCGAAGAAAGCCUCACUGCCGCCAUGGUCGACGCCGACGCAGACGCGCGCUCUGAUUUCAUUGCCGUCUCUGGUACAGUUGUCCCGGACGAUGAAGGCGCAGCUGCCCCAGGCGCUGUGUCCAACACCGUUGCUGGUGCUGCUGCUACUGCCGCUGGCUCGAGUUGGUCGAGUUGGGCGUCCAACAUCGCGAAUCAAGCUUCUGGCAAGCUGGCUGGCCUGACCACUGGCUUUUCCGCAUCAAAGCAAACGCCCGACGGCAGCAGCUCUGCGUCUGUCCAACAACAACUACAACAGCAGCAGCGAAAGGACUCGACCCCGGUUUCAGCUCAGCCAGUCGCCGCUCCUCGUAAGCGAACGUCACAGUCGUUUUACCCGGAUCAGCUCUUGAGCGAACCCGAAACGGCGUCUGAAUUUGACCAACAGGACGAAGAAGACGGCGAAGACCUUGGCGAUUUGCAAACUGCUGCCUCACGACAACAACACGCUCCCCAUCCCAUGAUGGAGGGUUCCAUGUAUCCGAUCGAUCCAAAGCAAGACAUGGCUCAAGCUCCAUUGGUGCCUGACAAUCUCACGCUGUUUGAAGCUGCUGCCAGCCACCAUUCCGGCAUUCUUGGCAAUGCGAAUGACGGUGACGACGAUGACGACGACGACAACGCUGUCGCUGCUGGUGACCGGUCUCCAUCGCCGCCUUCUCUGAUUGAAGAGGCCAAAGAAGAGUCUGCCAUCGCGCCAAGCGGCGCGGCCGACCCUGAUGAAUGGGUGUCGGACAUUGCCACCACGGCCGACGACGACGUUGUCGAAGCUGGACAAAGUGACUCGGAGGCGUCAUCGUCACCGCCCGAUCUUGUCGGCGUCACUGGCAACUUUAGCGGUGACCUGGCUGAGCCCGCGGGCUGGUCGAAAGGCGAAUCCGAGCACAGCUCGCCCGCAGACCCGAUGGCAUUGUCGCAAGAUUCCGCGCCCUCUCCCCCUCAAGAUGUCGAGUCACCUGAGCAUGAUGACCAAGACGAGGGUGACGAAACGCCAGAACAAGCAAACAAUGCUGUUUCCAGCGGCAGCAGCAACAGCGCUGGCGGCGGUGGCGGCGGCGGCUCCUCCUCUGCAAAACAUCGUGGCCACUCUUCGCGCAAAUCCAACAAGAAACGCUGUGCGCGUCGUGGAGCGUCAAACACCACCAAAGCCUAAAAAAACUUCAAGUUGAAAAAAAGCCAACCUACAUCAAGGUUUAAACUCAACCUACCUUCGAAAGAUUAAAAAAAAAAAACGUUUGUCGUUUGUGUUGUCAAUGUGCGCUUGAGCUCACUUUUUUUUUUUUGUUGUUGUUGUUGUUGUUGUUGUCGUUGUCGGGAAUGUCGGUGUGGUUAUGUGUAACUCACUGUAUGCUUAGCAGAAAUAAUCACCGUGUACGUUGCAUUCGACUCGAAUACUUUUUGAAAAUAAACGAACGAAUCAAAUCAUUUCAAC